AUGAUCCAGAUCCACGGCAUCACCAGCCCCGGCGAUUCCGCUCAUGGCACACCCGAAAAGGAUGCCGCAUUGGCGGUGGUGAGCGAGGUUGCCCAGGAUAUUGACCCUGUCGUAGAAAAGCGAGUGCUACGGAAGAUUGACUUGUAUUUAAUGCCUGCUAUGCUCAUUGGCUAUGGCAUGGUGUACUAUGACAAGGCUAUCCUAGGCAGCGCCUCGCUCUUUGGCAUGACAACCGACUUGGCCUUGAAAGUGACAGACCAUUCUACAUCUCCCCCAUCAGUCGAUACCUCCCGACUCAGCUGGGCAACGUCGAUCUUUUACUUUGGAAUGCUUGCUGGUCUCUAUCCAAUGUCUUUUGUUUUACAGCGGUUUAACAUUCGAUCGGUUCUGGGUCCAGUAGUUCUUCUCUGGGCCGUUGUGUGUGCAGCCACUGCCGGCGUGACAACCUGGAAGGGACUUUUCGUGCAGCGAUUCUUCCUUGGAUUCAUUGAAAGUGUUAUCCCGACUGGUUUCAUGACUAUAGUCAGUGGUUACUACACACAAGAAGAGCAGGCUCUUCGGCAAGCGUGGUGGUUCUCUGGCACUGGCUGGUUUACUAUUAUCGGCAGCGCACUUAACUACGGAUUUGGCCAAAUUACGUCUGGAUCCUUGAAGAGAUGGCAGUACAUUUACAUUCUGGCUGGCGCCCUGACCUUUUUGUUUGGUCUCUGGUGCUGUACUAUGCCAAAUUCGCCCGUCUCUGCCUGGUUCCUGACCCCUGAAGAGCGAAUGGUCGCUGUGGAGCGACUCCGGAAGGGUCAAACUGGUGUAAGGUGUCAGAAGAUUAAAUUUGAUCAGAUCAGAGAGUGUUUGACAGACGUCAAAAUUUAUCUGGUGGCUAUCAUGAUGGCAGCUGCGUACACUAUAAACGGUGCUAUUUCGGGCUUUGGGCCGUUGAUCGUAUCGACAUUUGGUUAUAAUACCUUGGAUUCCAUCCUAUUCCAGUUCCCCGUCGGUGGCGUUUGUGUCAUCUUUAUUCCUCUCUGUGGUUAUGUUUCUACCAUUGUUCCCAAUGCGCGCAUUCCUAUGCUGAUUACCUGUUGCCUUCCCGUCAUUGCCGGCUGUGUUAUGAUUUGGAAAUCACAAUGGGGAUACCAUCCGGCGACCCCCGUCGUAGGCUACGCGCUGACUGGCUUCUUUGGACCAGUGGUCAGUCUGAUCAUCACAGUUGGGGCUAGUAACGUUGCUGGAGCCACGAAGAAAACUAUCAUGGCAGCAACUGUCUUUGUUGCGUAUACCGUGGGCAACAUCAUUGGGCCCCAGCUAGUGAAAACGAAUACUAAAGCACUGCACUAUCCGGAGCUGUGGACCGGCAUGGUGAUCUGUUAUUGUAUCACAAUUGCUGCUGCUGUUACAUUGUACCUGGUGCUGUGGCGUGAGAAUCGAACCCGGGACAAAUUGGAGCUCGAUGAGGUGCAACGAGACAAGAUUGCCUUUGACGAUCUCACCGACAAGCAGAACCCCUUUUUCCGAUAG